GAAGAAGAAGAAGAAGAAGAAGAAGAAGAAGAAGAAGAAGAAGAUGAAGAUGAUGAUUGGCUGAGGGCCAGGAAAAGAGCGGUGGGGUCGCACAUGUUCAUUCAGACCGGCAGCGGACCAGAAGAGGACCAGGGGAGGACCAGGAGAGGACCGGUGUCCCACACGGUUUGGUUCUAUAAUAAUGCCGACAGAGACUGACAGAGGGAUCCGAGUAUCGCGCCGGGUGACCGGGGACGAGAAGACGUUUUCUGUGUUUGGCAGGAACCAGCAGAGUCCGGACACUACAAGUGGCCACAUGUGAACUAAGUGAGGAACAUGAAUUUUACACAUUUUCGACAGAAGAAUGAGCAUUAAAGGUGUUACUGCAGACUGUACAGGUGCCACUUGUACAGCAGACACUGAGUUUCUCAGUGGUUGAAUGUCUGACAGCACCUGAAUGCAGCACCAGAAUGCAGCAGGAGACGGUAAACAAGUCUCAGCUGUCAUGGCGCAGCCAGCUGAUCUGCUGUUCUGUUUCUGUUUCCUGAGCUUCUCUCUGGUCUCUGCAUCUCAAGAUCAGCAAGAGAUAACAGCGAGGCCUGGACAGGACGUCCCUCUUCAGUGUCAGGGUCCCAGAGAUGCCUCCGUCAAACUGUUGGAGUGGAACAGACCGGAUCUGAAGUCCGAUGGUUAUGUGUUCUUUUACAGAAACGAGCGCUCCUAUGAAAACUACCUGCUUCCAUCUUUCCGCGGUCGAGUGGAGCUGAGCGAUCCAGAGAUGAAGGGCGGAGACUUUUCUGUUGUCCUGAAGAACGUCACCACCAACGACAGUGGAACAUACGAGUGUCGAGCUAUGAUCGUUACGCUCAACGAGACGACGCCCUCUGAAAUCAGGAACCUCGUCCCCCUAACGGUCACAGACGCAGAUCACACAGCUGCAAACAUCUGGGAUGAAUAUUUCAUGGUUACUGUCUCCGUUAUUGGUGGACUUAUAAUUAUUUUUAUUAUUAGUUUUGUUGUUUUCUGGAAAACAAAAAAAAAGGAAACUAACCAACCAACUUCCUCCUGCUGAAGAAUUAUGAGGUCUGAAACGUCUCAGAUCUUCAGGAACGUCACCACAGACACCAGAUUUAAAAACUCUGCGAAAUACAGAGAGAUCUACCUGGCGGUGACAGGGUUAAUUAGCAUUGUGUGAACUCGUUUGGCAACAAGGGCUUGAAUGUAACGGACGUUCAUUUGUAUGUAAAUGUCCCGCACUCCAGCUUUAACAUGACACUAGCUUAUCAAUCAGUCUUAGGGAGCAGAAUCAGCUGUCAUGAUUGGUUGAUUAUCAUCACUUUUUGUUUGUCUUCAUUCAGAAACAAUGUUCAAAAUGUCUAAAACAGAGUGGAGCAGAGAGCAGAAAUAAAUAAAUGUCUGAAGCCUGAAAAGCUUCAGCUCUGGGCAAAAAAACCCACCUUAUCCUGUGAGUGACAGAUAAAUAAAACUGCAGUGGAAUAAACAAAACUGUAUGUUUGGAAGUAUAAAAGCUGUGAAAUACAUAAAGGAAAAAUCUGAUCCAUUCAUGGAAAUGAAACUUGAAGAAAUGAAAGCGAGCAGGACACACGAUCAUCAGGAGUAAAGGAGUCUUAGAGUUUAAAGAGACAAAUGUAAGUUGUCUCCAUUUACAUGAUCCCGUUACUGUAGAACAUUCUCAAGUUUUUACUUUACAAUCAGUAUUAGUAAUUAUCUGCUAUGUAAAGUUCAUGCUGCUCAUUAAUGAUGAUCUGAAAAUGGAAAGAAGCCCAGAGCUCCGCAGAGAGGAAGCUGAUGAACAGUGCUGAUUAUAGACUGUGCUGUAUCACAUGUGUCGAUCUUUGUUUUUGUGACUCGGGAUUCUUCUGUAUGUGCAGUUUUCAUUUUCAGUUUCUCACUUUUUAUGUUGCAAAGCACUUUAUUUCACCACUAUAAGCUUUAUUAUAUUUAUAAAUGUAUUUAUACUCCCUAACGUGUUUCCUUUAUUUAAUUAAGUCGUUGUUAAUAAUGUAGAGGAGCGAGUUUGUAACCAGUCUUUCGGUAGCACUGAGUCUAAAAGUUGUUCACCAGAAGCUGUUGGUGUUGUUGCUAUACGUCUAAUCUCACCUAAAAAUUAAAAAAGCAGCCAGGCAGGUUUAUAAACCACACACACUCUCGAUGCUUCAUGAAAACACUGUUCAAGUUUAAAUCCUUCAGAUUUUCAUGUAAUCAAACCCCGUUUUUGAUGCUAUUUAUGAUCAGCAUGGGUCUCAGUCUUAGAUGUCUCUGGCUGUGCGGGCAGUAAGCAGUUUUGUGUGACCACCACACUUCAUGGACCCUGACCAUCCACUCAGUCCAGAUGACGGGAUGAGAGCAGCACAGUCUUCCUCGUUCUUCAGGCUCUGUGUACUCGGUAUAUUCUAAUCUGUCCACAUUGUGAAUAAAAUCUGCAUGUGUAGUA